GCGGGGGAGGCGGCUGCAAGGGCCUGCCAGUCUGACCCUGGAGGCUUCUGUGAAGGGCUCUCGGUCACCUCGCCCUGGGCCUCAGGCAUGCUUGGGUUCCUGAGGUCAAGGCUUCAAAGAGGAUUAUGACACAGCCCUCGCCCUCAAAGUGUGCACAGUCCUGAGGGGACCAGUGCAGAGGCUGCUGGUAGCGCCAGCGCGGUUUAAGCAUAAUGGGUUUUGUGGGUGGGGCCGUCAGGGGGCUUCCUGGAGGAGGCCGCCGCCCUGCAAGGCUGAGAUGCCAGCCGGCGGAGGUGGUGCACGCUGCGGAGGGGCAGUGAUUUCCAGUAGAGGAGGAUGUAGUUGGAAAAGUUCCCUUCCUUAGGAAUCAUGGGAAGAGGGAGGCAUCACUGAGCUCAUUUCCCUGAACCCUGUUUUUCAGAUUUUGAAUAUUUGAACUUCCCUUCAAAAUAAUGUCAGAGGACAUACAAAAAGUGGAAUACUUGCCUAAAGUUCAUCAACAAAGUGAUCAGCCACAGGUCAUAGGUAGAACAUUUUUUAUUGACACUUCUAAUCGGAAUUUGACAGCCAUUCCGCCAGAGAUUUUGGCAUUAGAAGACUUAGAAGAAGUGCAUUUAGAAAAUAACCGCCUUGAAGAAAUUUCCCAGGACAUUCAGCAUUUGAGGCACAUCAGAAUCCUCUACCUGGAUAGGAACAACCUGAGAGAGCUGUGCCCUGAGCUGGGGGCCCUGAGCAACCUGGAGGGCCUGGACUUGAGCUGCAACCCCCUGAACCCCUCUUCCCUGCAGGUGCUCAGCGGCUUGCGUGCCCUGCGAGAGCUGCGGCUCUACCACCUCGACCUGAGGGAGCUCCCGGUGGUGGUCUGCAAACACCUCCACCACCUGGAGCUGCUCGGCCUGUCCCGAAACUGCCUGGAAGCUCUGCCCAAGGAAAUAGUGAACCAGCUCAAGCUGAGGGAGAUCUACCUGCAACAAAACCAGUUCAAGGUUUUCCCUCAGGAGCUCUGUGUUCUCCCCAACCUGGAGAUCAUAGACCUGGAUGAGAACAAACUCCGUGCCCUCCCUGAAGAAAUUGGAGAUCUGACGAGGUUGCAGAAACUCUACGUGGCUCAUAACCAGCUGCCCUCUCUGCCCAGGUCGCUAUGCCGGUGUAGGAAAAUGACGGUGCUCGAAGUGUCCCACAACCUCCUGGACUCCUUGCCGUGCGCCCCCGGCGAGCUCCCGCGGAUGACGGAACUCGGGCUGAGUGGGAACUGCCUGGGGAAAGUGCCCCGCCUGGUCUGCAGGUGGCCCGCCCUGCACCUGCUCUACCUGCGCGACGCCGGCCUGCGGGGGCUGCGGCGCUCCUUCGGGCGGCUGCUCCAGCUGCGCUUCCUGGACCUCGGCCAGAACCAGCUGGACCGCUUCCCCCCGCAGAUCUGCGCGCUGAAGGACCUGGAGGCCCUGGCGCUGGACGACAAUAACAUAGGGCAGUUACCUUCAGAAUUGGGCUUGCUUUCAAAACUGAAGAUACUUGGCCUAACAGGAAACCAGUUCCUUUCUUUCCCAGAAGAAGUGUUUUCUUUAGCAUCUCUGGAGAAAUUAUACAUUGGGCAAGACCAAGGAUCGAAGCUUUCCCGCCUUCCAGAGCAGAUUGGAAAACUGCAGAAUCUUAAAGAGCUAUAUAUAGAGAAUAACUCUCUGGAGUACCUGCCUGUAUCCUUAGGGUCCAUGCCUAAACUGGAGGUUCUUGAUUGCCGGCACAAUUUGCUGAAGCAACUCCCAGAUGAAAUUUGCCAAGCACAAGGUUUGAGAGAGCUGCUGCUGGAGGACAACUUGCUCACCUGUCUUCCAGAGAAUUUGGACAGCCUAGAGAAUCUUAAGGUUCUGACUCUGAUGAAUAACCCCAUGAAGGCGCCCCCAAUAGAAGUAUGCGCCCAGGGCAACGAGGCCAUGUGGAGAUACCUGAGGGAGAGCCGAAACCAGAGAAUAAAGGCAACAAAGAUUCAGGCAUGGUGGCGUGGAAUCAUGGUACGGAAAGGAUUCGGAAGAUUUGAAGAACUACAAAAAGCAAGAAAGAAAGGAAAGACCUCUCCAAAAGAUAAGAAAGGAAAGAAGGAUGCUAAGAAAAAACCUGGAAAGGGAAAUAAAUAAUUGUAUAAAUUAAUGAGGGGAAGCAAUGACCACAAAAUGUCUAGGAAUUAGAUAUCUUCCACACUAAAACUACUCACAGAAUUAUAGUCUUUUAUUUUUUAUUAAUACAUGUUUGUGUUACAUAAUAUUUCUAUUCCUUGGGGGAAGUUGGCACAUGUACAUAACACAUUUCAGUUCUUUUUUUCAACCCUUCCCCUUUCCUUCUCCCCCUCCAUCUCUUGCUCCCCCAUUUGAACAAAAUCUAUCUCCCUACUUCCUAUUAUCUAUAUUUGAUUUUGCUCUUUACUUAUAAUUUGGAUUUCACAUGUAAGAGAAACAACAUUAUUUAAGCUUGUGUGUUUGAUUUAUUUCACUUCACAUUAUGGUCUCAGGGUGCACCAUUUAUUAUCCUUUAUGGCAAAGCAGCACAACCUUGUGUAUAAAUACCACAUUUUGUUGAUCCAGUAAUUUGUCAGUGGACAUAUAGAUGGCUUCCAAUGUUAGCUGUUAAGAAUUCGACUGCUAUAAAUUAGGUGUGCAUUUGUCAGUGCAAUAAAGGGAAGACACUGCCCGCCUAGAAGAGGAAUAGCUGCCACAAAUGGAAUUUCUAGUUUUUUUUUUUUUUGAGACAGGGUCUUGCUAUGCAGUUCAGGCUGGCCUUGAACUUACUUUGUAGCCUAGGCUGGUCUUGAACUUGCAAUGAUCCUCCUGCCUCAGCCUCCUGAAUAGUUAUGUUAUAUUUAAUAAUAAAAAAGUCUUACUUAUACUGAAA